AUGAAGUCUUUGACUGUCAGCAAUGACUUAGAAGAACAUUUAGAAGAACCCGUUGCUGAACCAGAGCCUGAUCCUGAACCAGAACCGGAGCAAGAACCUGUAUCAGAAGUCCAAGAGGAAAAGUCUGAGCCAGUAUUGGAAGAAACUGCUCCUGAGGAUGCUCAGAAGAGUUCUUCUCCAGCGCCUGCAGACAUAGCCCAGACAGUGCAGGAGGACUUGAGAACCUUUUCAUGGGCAUCUGUGACCAGUAAGAACCUUCCACCCAGUGGAGCUGUUCCAGUUACUGGGAUACCACCUCAUGUUGUUAAAGUACCAGCUUCACAGCCUCGUCCGGAGUCUAAGCCUGAGUCUCAGAUUCCACCGCAGAGGCCUCAGAGAGAUCAAAGGGUGCAAGAACAGCGAAUAAGUGUUCCUCCCCAGAGGGGACCUAGACCAGUCCGUGAGGCUGGUGAGCAAGGUGAUGUUGAACCCCGAAGAAUUGUGAGACAUCCUGACAGUCACCAGCUCUUCAUUGGCAACCUGCCUCAUGAGGUGGACAAAUCAGAGCUUAAAGAUUUUUUUCAAAGUUAUGGGAAUGUAGUGGAGCUGCGUAUUAACAGUGGUGGGAAAUUACCCAAUUUUGGGUUUGUUGUGUUUGAUGAUUCUGAGCCUGUUCUGAAGGUGCUUAGCAGCAGGCCCAUCAUGUUCAGAGGUGAGGUCCGCCUGAAUGUGGAAGAAAAGAAGACUCGAGCCUCCCGGGAAGGGGACCGCCGAGAUAACCGCCUGCGGGGACCUGGAGGCCCUCGAGGUGGGCUGGGUGGUGGGAUGAGAGGCCCACCCCGUGGAGGCAUGGUGCAGAAACCAGGAUUUGGAGUGGGAAGGAGCAUUGCUCCGAGGCAGUGA